AUGGAGACCCCAGCUCCAACCCCUCGAUCCAGAAUUUUGGGCCACUCCUCUAUGCUCUGCCUUUUCCAUAGCCUGGUGGGGAGCAAGGGCAGCCCAGAGAGCUCAGACAAGGCCCUGUUAGGGGGUCGGGCACUCCCCUUGCCAGAGCAGGACGCCAUCCCCUACCAGGGAGGAGCAGGGAGGAAGGAGUCCAGGCCAUCCGCCGUGCUGCCCUAUACCCUCUCUGUGGCCCUAUCACAGCCCGAUCCCUCAAGGCUUGGGAUGGGGGAUGCAGGGCCCCAGACCCCCACCCCCAUGGAGGUCCUGAGGGUCGUGGCCCAGGGUGCAGAGGUGAAGUCAGUCCUGCCCAGAGGAAGCCAGGAGGUGCUGGGCAACCUGUUUGAGUUGGAGGAGAGGGAAGAUGAGGAGGAGGAAGCAGCAGGGAAGGCCUUAAGGGAUACUGGGACCUCAGACAGGGGCCACUUUGCCCAAGCCUUGGAGCAAGGAUGCCUGCAAAGGGCCAUGGGGCCACUGGCAUUCAGCCCCGAGGCCUUCACCAGGGAGGAGGAGGAGGAGUGUCUUCUUAAUGGAGACCUCGGGUUGGCCUCCUCGAAAGUAGGGACAACUCCCUGGAACUGCCUCCUCAGCUUGUACAAGCAGCUUCAGAAAUUGGCCAUGGCCAAGUUUCCUCUCAGGGAAGUCUUGCCCCACGAGGAGAAAGAUGAGGAAGAGGAAAUGGAGGAAGAGGACAGCUCAUUCAAGCUCUGUGUCCCAGACGUUGUCACCUUCCAGUCGCCGCUGCAUAAGACUUCUGGGUCGACAGAUACAGUAGGUUUUGUGGAGUCGGAGUUAAAGAAGCUUCCGGUAGUACAACAGGACUCCUGCCUCUGGAAGAUGGGUGGCCAUGAGGGCCAGGAGCUACUGGCCCAGCAGGAGAUCACCCUGGAGGAGGCAGGCAUUGUGGACAGCCAGAUGUGCCUGCACCUGCUCCUUGAGGAGAUGGAUGAGAUGGGAAACUGGCCCCCAGAGUGAACCUGGUGCUGGCCUGAGUCUGCCCUGCCCGGAUCCCUGCAACCCACAUAGGGAUGUGUCCCCCACUUCUUAGGGCACAUCAAGGAGCCCCUGGGGCCAAGGGCUCUUAAGAUAAAUGGUUGUCCAUGUGUCUGCAGAGUGGGCCUGCCCAGCAGACUGUCCCCAGUCACCUGACUCAGACCUGUGAUGUUACUAAUAAAACCCAA